UUGUUAGCAGGAGAGAAAGUUAUCAACUAAAAACACCCAAUAGCAGCACUACUCACAGCUCACUUCCUCUCUCUCAGUCUCUCUGCUCAUUUUCUGUAAAAGUCUCUCUCUCUCUCUCUCUCUCAGCUUCCGAACUUCAAUCCUCAAAUGGCUUCCGUACUCAACACAGUUCCGUCCUUAAGAUUAUCGAACAUCAACAACACCAACCGAGUUCGAACUCGGCAAGUUUUCACACCGAGUCCUGUGUCAUUCACCAGGCGGAGACUUACGAUUAGAGCAACUGAGACCGAUGCAAAUGAAGCAGUUAAACCUGAAGCACCGGGUAAGUCACCGGCAGCUGCCGGUUCAAGCUUCAACCAGCUUCUAGGCAUUAAAGGAGCUGCAGAAGAAACUAAUAUAUGGAAGAUCCGACUUCAACUUACAAAGCCAGUUACUUGGCCUCCAUUGGUAUGGGGAGUGGUUUGUGGAGCUGCUGCAUCUGGAAAUUUUCACUGGAAUGUUGAGGAUGUUGCCAAAUCAAUUGUUUGCAUGAUGAUGUCUGGUCCAUUUCUCACUGGCUACACACAGACACUUAAUGAUUGGUAUGACCGAGAAAUUGAUGCUAUAAAUGAACCUUAUCGACCAAUUCCUUCAGGGGCUAUAUCUGAGAAUGAGGUCAUUACACAAAUUUGGUUGUUGCUUUUAGGUGGCCUCGGCUUGGCUGGUCUAUUAGACGUGUGGGCUGGGCAUGAUUUUCCUAUAAUAUUUUACCUUGCGCUUGGUGGAUCCUUACUAUCAUACAUAUACUCUGCUCCACCCUUGAAGCUGAAACAAAAUGGAUGGAUUGGCAAUUUUGCCCUGGGAGCAAGUUAUAUCAGUUUGCCAUGGUGGGCUGGUCAAGCUUUAUUUGGGACCCUUACACCAGAUAUAAUUGUUCUGACUACCUUGUAUAGCAUAGCUGGGUUGGGUAUUGCCAUUGUCAAUGACUUUAAAAGUAUUGAAGGAGAUAGAGAAUUGGGACUUCAGUCACUUCCAGUUGCUUUUGGUGAAGAAACUGCAAAAUGGAUUUGCGUUGGUGCUAUUGACAUAACUCAGAUAUCUGUGGCUGGUUAUCUGCUAGGGGCUGGUAAACCAUACUAUGCUUUAGCAUUACUUGCUUUGAUAAUACCACAAGUCAUUUUUCAGUUUCAGUAUUUCCUCAAAGACCCUGUUAAGUAUGACGUGAAGUACCAGGCAAGUGCCCAGCCAUUUCUUGUGCUUGGUCUUUUGGUGACUGCUUUAGCAACCAGCCAUUGAAUUUUCAAUUGGGGUUUUGUAAAAUGACGCUGUGGAGAGAGGCAAGAGGUGGACGCAGAGCAAAAAGCUCAUUGAACACAGCUGCUUUGGUGCACAAACCACACCAAUCGAAUAAUACUACUUUGUUAAUCAAUAGGCAUGUUCUGCUGAUUAAACUAUCACGGUCACCCCUUUUAGGCUUUGCUUGAGGCGAGAUUAGGCCUGUCAAUCAUUGUAUGUCUAUUUUUUCUUGUCUACACAGUUUUUGCUUUUUUAUUUUUGGUUUCUUGCUUUCAAGUCUUGUAAAUGUGAUGGUUUGUUGUAGCAUUGUGCUUUAUUAGCAUUCUUCCUUGAUUUUUACUUCUCAAAGCACGAGAUGCCCAGAAAAUGCAAUUCUGAAUUUACGUUUUGUUUCAAA